AUGGCCGGAACGAGUGUCGACGAAGCCCAAAACUAUUGUCUCAAGAGAAGGACGAGAGACGGCACUGCAUCUGCUCAGAAGCAACAAGAGGCUUUGAACAGAGUGAGUGAGUAUCCGAGGAGAGAAGAAGAAGAGACGAAAGUCGGCGUCGGUAAGAGGACGGCACAAAUGUGGAGGGAACGAGGAACCAAAAGAGGGAGGGAGAGGAAGAGAGAGAGGGAGAGAGGGACGAAUUUCGAUGUCGUUCAGGUCAGGGUUGAACUUCAAAAGAUCAGGGACCAAGGAACACAGGGGGCGUGUGAGGUGAGCCUCAGGCCGACAGCCAGGACAAGAAGAUUAGGUAGUAAUAUGAGUGGUAAUAGAGCCGGUCCAAUUCAGGCCAGACCAGUCCAGUCACGUAUUAUGUACGUAGAGGCGCCAGGGAGGGAGAGAGAAAAAAGGCCAGACGACCAGGUAGGGAAUGAGGUGGAGGAGGGUCGAAAUGACUGA